GCUUCCAGGAGGUCACUUCCUCCCCUGUCUCCUAGCAACGGCUGGAAGCGUUGUUGACAUCCAGGGUAGUGGUGCCGCCGGACUGACCGGAGGGUCUCGGAGCCAGCGCUAUGACAGAGGUGGAGGAAACCCUAAAGAGAAUUCAGAGCCAUAAAGGGGUUAUUGGAACUAUGGUUGUCAAUGCAGAAGGCAUUCCAAUCCGAACAACCUUGGACAACUCGACAACAGUUCAGUACGCAGGACUUCUUCAUCAGCUGACCAUGAAGGCCAGGAGCACAGUUCGUGAUAUUGACCCUCAGAAUGACCUAACCUUUCUUAGAAUCAGAUCAAAAAAACAUGAAAUCAUGGUUGCUCCAGAUAAGGAAUAUCUUCUGAUUGUCAUUCAGAAUCCAUGUGAGUAGACCUGCUCUACAGCCAAGUCUGCCCCAGUGGUGCUGGGUUGAAACACUUCACUCUUUAAUGAUUACUAAAACUAUAUUCCUAUCUAACUGAUCUUCUGGACAUUCUUUUCUAUUUUUACAUUUAAACUAUUUUAUGUGUCUUAUUUAGUCCCUUUUGAUUGUAUUGUAAAAUUGUACCUUAGCUAUGUAAUAAACAAAUUCUGGUG